AUGAAGCCAAAUCACGGCAGCCACCGGGCUCUGUGGUUCAUCGCAGCCUGCUUGUUGUUGGUUGCGACGGCGGGGGAGGCUCAGAAUGUGAGCGUGGGGGUGGUGUUGGACAUGGAGAGCUGGGUUGGGAAGAUGGGGCUGAGCUGUAUCGACAUGUCGUUGUCGGAAUUCUAUGAAGCUAACCCUCACUACAAAACUAGGGUUGUUCUCCACCGCAGGGACUCCGCCGGCGAUGUCGUUGGUGCGGCGGCUGCAGCUCUCCACCUUAUAAACAACAAUAAAGUUGAAGCAAUUUUGGGGCCAACCACUUCAAUGCAGACCAACUUCGUGAUCAAGCUCGCCCACAAAGCCCAUGUCCCCAUCCUUACCUUCACUGCCUCCACCCCCGCUCUCGCCUCCCACCGCAGCCCCUACUUCUUUCGUCUCACCCACACUGACUCUGCUCAAGUUGCCGCUAUCAGCGCCUUACUCAAAGCCUACAAUUGGAGAGAGGUUGUUCUGAUCUACCAAGACGAUGAAUUUGGAGAUGGGAUGUCACCCUACUUGAUCCACGCAUUGCAGGGUGUGAAUGCGCGCGUCCCAUAUCAGAGCAUCAUUGAUCCAACGGCUACCGAGGAUCACAUCGGGGAAGAGCUUUACAAAUUGAUGACAAUGCCGACCAGAGUGUUUGUGGUGCACAUGUUGCCGUCUCUGGCGAUUCGCUUAUUCGCUAAGGCCAACGAAAUUGGAAUGAUGAGGGAAGGCUACGUUUGGAUUUUGACUGAUGCCACCGCGAAUUUGCUCGAUUCCAUGACCUCCUCUGUUUUGAAGUCCAUGGAAGGAGCUUUGGGAGUGAGGACAUAUGUCCCAAAAUCAAUGGAGCUUGAACGUUUCAAAAUUAAAUGGAAACGAAAAUUCAUAAUGGAAAAUUCUGUCCCCAACGACCCAUAUUUAGACAUCUUCGGAUUGUGGGCCUAUGAUGCAGCUCGAGCACUGGCAAUGGCAGUUGAGAAAACAGGGGCCAAAAACUUCACAUUCGAAAACCCAAAUGGAUCUGAAAAUCUAACCGAUCUUCAAACUUUGGGGGUUUCUCGAAAUGGGGAGAAAAUUGUGGAGGCGUUGUCGAAGACGAAGUUCAUGGGGCUGACUGGAAAUUACGAGAUCUUGAAUGGGCAGCUGCAAUCGACAGAAUUUGAGAUAGUGAAUGUGAACAGUAAUGGGGGAAACAGAGUUGGGUUUUGGAAUACUGAAAAAGGGUUGUUGAGUAAAGAUACGGUGAUUUGGCCGGGGAAUACGGUGGCGGUGCCGAAAGGGUGGGAGUUUCCGACGGGAGGGAAAAGGUUGAGAAUUGGGGUUCCAGUGAAGAAAGGGUACAGCGAGUUUAUGAAAUUGAAAGGAAAGGAGGUGGAAGGGUAUUGUAAGGACGUGUUCGAUGCGGCAAUAGAAAUGCUUUCGUAUGUGGUUUCAGUUGAUUACAUUCCCUUUGCAGUUUCGGAUGGAUCUAGCGCCGGUUCCUACGAUGAACUCAUCAUGCAAGUCUACAAAGGGGUCUACGACGGUGCAGUAGGAGACAUAACCAUCGUAGCAAACAGAUCCAAGUACGUUGAUUUCACCUUGCCAUUCACAGACUCCGGAGUUUCAAUGGUGGUUCCAACAAAAGCCAACUCCAUGAACAGAGCAUGGCUUUUUCUGAAGCCUCUCACUGUAGGCCUUUGGAUCACAAGCUUAUGCUUCUUGGUCUUCAUGGGGUUUGUGGUUUGGUUUCUCGAACAUCGAAUCAACCCCGCCUUUCGUGGUCCUCCCUCUCAUCAAAUCGGCACUAGCCUCUGGUACUCCUUUUGCACCAUGGUCUUCGCCCAAAGGGAGACUUUGAUAAGCAAUUUGGCGAGGUUGGUGGUGGUGAUAUGGUUCUUUGUGAUGUUCGUUUUAACUCAGAGCUACACGGCAAGCUUGACUUCUCUUUUGACAGUGCAACAAUUACAACCUACCAUUACAAAUAUAAACGAGCUUUUGACGAAGCAAUCAUGGGUGGGAUAUCUAGACGGUUCAUUUGUUUGGGGGCUGUUGACCUCUGUGGGGAUUAAGAAUCUCAAGUCUUAUAGGUCUCCCGAGGAACUCGACAAGUUGCUCAAACUAGGAGGCUCCAAUGGCGGCAUUGAUGCUGCUUUUGAUGAAACUCCUUACAUUAAGCUCUUCCUUUCCAAGUUUCCUAAUAAAUACAUUACCGCCGAUCCCACCUACAAAACAGAUGGAUUUGGAUUUGCUUUUCCCAUUGGCUCACUAUUGGUGGCAGACAUAUCAAGAGCGGUAUUAAAUGUGAGAGAGAGUGAGAAGAUGAACCAAUUACAAAUGAAAUGGUUUGGUGGAGACAACUCAUGGUCUUCCGUCAAAGUCACUUCUUCAAGGCUGAACGUGAGCAACUUUUGGGGCCUAUUCCUCAUUGUCGGCACUGCUGCCAUCGUCUCCCUCUUCAUCUACUUCUUCAUUUUCCUUCGCAAAGAACUGCACACGCUCCGUCACACCACUACUGAAGGCUCCAACUCCUCCAUUAGGAGUAAAAUUCGAGCACUACUCAGAAUCUACGACAAAAGGGACUUGACUUCACACACAUUCAGAAAGAGUAAUCCUCCACAAGUAGUAGACAACAAGAUUCAAGCAAACCAUGGUGACUCUGUUGGCGCCUCAUCGAGCUCGAAUUAUUUGCUAAGUCCAUCGAAUGAUUCGAUCCAUGACACGAACCAUGAGUUCUCUAAGUCGGGAGAUUUGAGUCCAAGUAAUCAAGCUGUGGAAAUGGUGAUCCAUACGACCGAGGAAAUCGUUCCCCAAAAUGAGAAGUAUCGUUCUCGAUUUUAGGUGGCUUCUUCUUAAUGUAUUUUUGUAGGUAAAUUUGACUUUUGUUGCGCAUUGCAAAAAUUCCCUUUUGUAAUUUAAUGCUCAAAAGACGUAAAUAAUUUGUUUAAUUUAAUUAA